AUGUCUGUGGAAAUUGCGCGCUGUGGCCAUCAUUGCCUGCCUGAAACAGGCGCGACGCGACCGCAUGCGGAGCUCCUGCUGAGCCUUUCGUCGGUCGCAUUUCCCAAGUUCGAGACUAAACCUUCGCUUUUCGCUGUAAACCUGAGUGAUCCCGGGACUGUCUCGGAAUUUCUCCAUUAUCGUUGCACAGCUGUCGCUAUGUUCCAUUCCGUGCUCCGAUCCAUAAGAGGGUUAUGGGCGUAG